AUGGCUCUCAGCAAUUCUGCCCUGAUCGUGAUCAUUCUUGUUUGUUGCCUUUCAUCAGUUUCGCUCGCGGCAGCUAUGUUUGGUCAUUUUUCCAUUGCGCAAACUAUCCGAUGGUCACCGACAAUCGAGCAACAACGAUACAUGCGCGAUCUACGAAUGAGAUACUUGGAAAUGCUCUAUGCAGAAAGCAGAAUCAGGGAUCCCAGGCCUUUAAGGUGGAAGCGAGAUGUCCAACGAAGCGCAGAUUAUCGACCAUCCACACCAGAAGGCAAGUGGGUCACAAGUGUGAGCGGCCUGGGCCAACAGCCCGAUACAUGA